UGUGAUAGUUGUACUCAGGGGCGGACUGACCAUUUUGAAACUCGGGCACUGCCCGAGGGCCCGGGGUCAGUAGGGGGCCCCAUGAGAUGCCCCUGGUACCUUUUUCAUAGGCUUUUUUGAGUUUGGGCAAGGACAUAGGGGCCCCAUGAUCCCCUAUUGCCUGGGGGCCCCAUGAGUUGUCAGUCCGCCCCUGGUUGUACUGUACAGCAUGACUGACUGAGCUUGAGAGGAUUUGCAAAGAAGAAUGGCAGAAAAUCCCCCAAUCUAGGUGUGCAAAGAUUGUCGUGUCAUAC